CAUGAGCAGCGCCCCCGCGCCGGGCCCAGCGCCCGUCUGCCUCACUCUCUGGGACGAGGAGGAUUUCCAGGGUCGUCGCUGCCGACUGCUGAGCGACUGUGCAAAUGUCUGUGAGCGAGGAGCCCUGCGCAGGGUGCGCUCAGUCAAGGUGGAAAACGGAGCAUGGGUGGCCUUCGAGUACCCCGAUUUCCAGGGACAGCAGUUCAUUCUAGAGAAGGGAGACUAUCCUUGUUGGAGCGCCUGGAGCGGCAGCAGCAGCCAUCACAGCAACCAAUUGCUGUCCUUCAGGCCCGUGCUCUGUGCGAACCAUGGUGACAGCCGUGUGACACUGUUUGAGGGGGAAAACUUCCAGGGCUGCAAGUUUGAACUUAGUGAUGACUACCCAUCACUACCUUCUAUGGGCUGGACCAGCAAAGAUGUGGGUUCCCUCAAAGUCAGCUCUGGAGCAUGGGUGGCCUACCAGUACCCCGGCUACCGAGGCUACCAGUACAUUUUGGAACGGGACCGGCACAGUGGGGAGUUCCGUACCUACAGUGACUUUGGCACACAGGCCCAUACUGGGCAGUUGCAGUCCAUUCGAAGAAUCCAGCACUAGGCUUCCCAUUCGCAGCCAUCA